UCCACUUCUUGGUUAGUUUAUUCCACUUUUUGACAUGCUUACACUUGCUCUUGGUUAUAUAUCUGUGCCAGUUGCAAUCGAGGCAUCUGUACGCUCUAAUGUCACACCUGCAAAUCCAUUCCCAUGGACUCUUGGUAACACCCUUUCGAUCGCCUGCUUUGUGAGCAAACCGCCGACAUCAUAUCCCACCGUAGCAAAACACAUUCUUGGGAUCCCUCCAGAUGCCACCCGGGCUGAUCAAGAGUUAUUUAGUUUAAUAUCCUCUUCGCUUAAUGCACAAUCUCAACAACGUUUGUGGGCAAUGAUCAUUCUCCAAGAUGGACUAGUUGGUGUCUUGAGCUCAAGUAAUGCAAGCAAGCUUGUCCUUCAGAUUGUCGAACCUACUGCAUGCCUCCCGUACCCACUACCAAGCUUUAGUCCUCAAGCAGCCAAUUUUGGACCCAAAUUGUCACAAGAACAAUUGAUGGGAUACCCUGUAUAUAUUCAGCAACUGUGUCAGCAGUGGCCAGAUCCAGCUGCGUCUGCAAGCCUUCAUGCGGUGGCCCAAGAAGUUUAUCAAAUCGCACUCCUGUAUGGUUACUGGAACCUUUGGCGCGUAGUAGUCGGAAUUUGUGAACGAUUUGGGAUUGAUCCUCAGAAAUUGAUCGCCUAAAAAAAACCAAGGAAAAAAUCCUCCCUUGUUUUGUCGUUAUUCAUUACGAUAUACUGACCGCAUGCGUAACCUUGCCAUUUUCCAUUAUUGAUAUUUAAGUUAAUUCCGCAUUAUCUUCACUUCACUUUUAUCACUUUACGAAAAUCUAGCUUUAUUUCUAUACAUACAUGCACAUACAUAUAUACGUGUGUAUGUGUGGUGUCAUAUAUAAUAAUUGUAAUGAAUAAAUAGAGGAAUAUGUAUAAAGU